CGCGCGCCUGCGCCGCAUUGAGAGUGUGUAUCUCUCUCGGUCCUCUGUCCUAAAUCUUACAGCUCUCUUAGACCGAAAUAUAGUUUCAUUUCCACGCACUGUUCAGGAAUAACAGAGGAGGAGGAGGAGGAAAUAACCGAGUCCCGGUUUGUGGACAUGCAGGUUGCUGAACGCUGCGGUAACAUGGAUGCGAAAGCGCACGCGCCUGGGCCCGGAUCCGUUACAGAAAACGCACACAAGCGCAAAUCCCGCAGCAGAAGAGGCAGGAGGAGGAGGGGGAAGAGACGGAGGGGCAAAAAAGCCAACGAGCCGCCGCCGUUUCUGCCCCCUGAGGCCGAGGAGGGAAAUAUUGAGUACAAGCUGAAGCUGGUGAACCCAACGCAGUACCGUUUUGAGCACUUGGCCACGCAGCUGAAGUGGCGGCUGCAGGAGGGCCGAGGGGAGGCCGUCUACCAGAUUGGCGUCGAGGACAACGGCCUGCUGGUGGGUCUCACCGAUAACGACAUGAAGGCCUCCAUAAACACCCUACGCCGGAUGGCUGAGAAGGUCGGCGCUGAUAUAACACUCCUGAGAGAGCGGGAAGUGGAUUAUGAGUCGGACAAACCCCGGAAAAUCGCAGAGGUCCUUGUGAGGAAAGUUCCGGAUAACCAGCAGUUUCUGGACCUGCGUGUCGCCGUGCUGGGGAACGUCGACUCGGGGAAGUCCACUCUCCUGGGCGUCCUGACGCAGGGCGAGCUGGAUAACGGACGAGGCCGAGCUCGUCUCAACCUGUUCCGGCACCUGCACGAAAUCCAGACAGGCCGCACGUCCAGCAUCAGCUUCGAGAUCCUCGGUUUUAACAGCAAAGGAGAGGUGGUGAAUUACAGUGAGUCACGCACGGCGGAGGAGAUCUGCGAGAGCUCGUCGAAGAUGAUCACCUUCAUUGACCUGGCCGGCCACCACAAGUACUUAAAGACCACCAUCUUCGGCCUGACCAGCUACUGCCCUGAUUUCGCCAUGUUGGUCGUGGGCGCAAACACGGGCAUCGCGGGCACUACGCGGGAGCACCUGGGUCUGGCUCUGGCGCUGAAGGUGCCCGUGUUCGUGGUGGUCAGUAAGGUGGACGUGUGUGUGGGCGGAGCUGUACAGAAGACCGUGCGGCAGUUAGAGAGGCUGCUCAAGCUGCCCGGCUGCAACAAGGUUCCCAUGCUGAUCUCCAACCGCGAUGACGCCGUCACCGCCGCCCAGCGCUUCGCCCAGUCCUCCAGCAUCACUCCGAUCUUCACACUGUCGAGUGUUUCCGGGGAGAAUCUGGAUCUGCUGAAGGUUUUCUUCAACAUCUUGCCCCCGCUCAGCAACAGCAAAGAGCAGGAGGAGCUCAUGCAGCAGCUCACCGAGUUCCAGGUUGAUGAGAUCUACAGUGUGCCUGAUGUAGGAACAGUCGUCGGAGGAACACUCUACAGCGGUGUGUGUCGCGAGGGAGACCGCUUGGUAGUGGGGCCUACAGACGAGGGGAAGUUCUUGCGGUUGAAGGUGUGCAGCAUGCAGAGGAACCGUUCUGCCUGCAGGGUUCUCCGAGCCGGGCAGGCGGCCACGCUGGCGCUUGGCAACUUCGACCGCUCGCUACUGCGCAAGGGCAUGGUGAUGGUGAGUCCGAAGAUGAACCCCACCAUCUGCUGGCAGUUUGAGGCGGCCAUCGUGCUGCUGUUCCACGCCAAGACGUUCCGCGGUGGCUUCCAGGUCACAGUCCAUGUCGGGAACGUUCGGCAGACGGCCACGGUGGAGUGUUUACUCGGCAAGGAGGAGCUGCGCACCGGCGAGAGGGCCGUAGUAUGCUUCCGCUUCCUGAAGCACCCCGAAUACCUUCACAUCGGAGCAAAGCUGCUGUUCCGAGAAGGCGUGACCAAGGGCAUCGGUCAUGUGACCCACUUGGUGCCGUCUGGUCAGAACAGCGCACAUGACCAGAACCACAAACCACACCAGAACCACAACUAGAGAGUGAGAGAGAACGUGAGAGAGAGAGCACUAUGUGGGGAGGCGUCUCGAUAUAAACAUUUACAUGACACCUAUUUAAACAGCGUCUACUCUGAUGUCAGCCAAUGGGAGGAGGUUUGGGGCGGGGCUUACAAACACGCUUACGACAAACCAAACCCACAAUUUUCUAACGCUAAAACUUCCUAGUGAACUCACGCCCCGGCUUACUCGCUCCCAACUGGCCGACAGGCGCCUGCCUGUGAUUUUCUUAUAUCGGAACGCCUCUAAUGCGGACGUGGCGAAAUAUUUCAAUCUAAUCCUAUGCUAAUCUAAAGGGAUACUAUGUAAAAAAAAACAUUAACAACAAAAAAAAACGCUGAAAUGGAACUGUGACAACGAGCUUAAAUUACGGUUUUGGCUGUAGGUGCGCAUUUAGUCUUGGCUCCUGCCGUUGCCAUCACGCAGCUGGACAGAAAUUGACGUCGGGGAAUUACACAGCGAGGAACUGUUCAUAGGCUAAUCUCUGAGAUGUAACCAUGGCAACAAUCGAUGCAGCAGAAAGAUAGCUAAACAUAACGAGUUAUUUUCGUAUCGAUCGUUUAUAAGGAGGCAAAACGUACACAACCCCAUGAGGCUACAGUGUGCGGUUUGGGACACGUCACGUACAGCAGAUGUUCGUUAUAGCAGGUAUCUGACCUGGAGAGCGGAUUAGGGUGUGUGGUUUGGGACGUAUCCGCAGUGGCUUGAUUCUCCUCUACGGCAUUAACCUGCCCUAAAUAGUGAAUAGAGUGCAUGAGGUUUGGGACAUGUCCACUAUGGCCUAAUUAGGGUGUGUGGUUUGGCACACGACCACGGUGGCCUGAUUCUCUGUUUAUUUGCCCUAUAUAGUGAAUCAGGGUGUGUGUGUAGAAUGAUAACGAUCAGACGCUGGAACGUAAUAGUGUUCACGCGAACCAUACGGUGACCCGAAUGCGAUUUCGGGCCCGGCGACGACGAGAACAACAAGCACACGAACUGCGUCACAAACUUUAUUCCCCCCUAUAUAACGUGCCACAUUAGAUCGCUGGCGCUUCAGUGUGUUUUUGUUGAUCUGUUUAUUUAUUUUUAGAUCCGAGCCGAGAGUCCUGACCCCGAAGAGCAAGAAGUGCAGGACGCGAGGGAUAAACACAACCAUGUUUAGUAAGUGUCAGUACGUACGACCUAGAAAUCAUAAUCAAUGAGACACCACGUUAGUUGUGGAUGUUUAUCGUUUUAUUCUAAUGAUUGCGUCUUCACAGAGCAGUGAGUGAUUAGCAGGUGGAAUAAAGCUGGCUGAUGGAGUUAGAGUAGAGUUCACUAUGUAAAAGUGUUCCUCGGUUAUCAGAAGUGCAGAACGAGGAAGGAAAUAAAUAUUCAUUUAAAGAAUACGAUUCGGAAUAACAUCGUGUGCACAAUGAUCCAGAUUUCAUUUCCUAUACAAGCGUGAGUCACUUGUAGGAAAUCGAAAAUCCGACUUAAAAUGUGUUUUUGUUUCGUUUUAUUUCAUGGUCUUGACUAAGAUAGGAAAAAAAAUAGAAAAAAUCCAAACCUCAAAAUCUACACAUUAACUUUUAUUUUCUUUCUUUUCCAUAGCACUAGCACAGUAAAACUGGAACCUUGUGAUUAAUUACUGAUUGAUUGAUCAUGUUUGUGCUUUUUUUUUUUCCUUUGAAUAUUUUCGUCAGAUAUGAUGUAGGACAAUAACAAAAUCAUUUUCUUUGCACUUUAUUAGAAGUAUAAUGUUUUUAUUUUUUGGAUUGAUUUACCUUCAAUUUACCUUUAUGAAAGAUAUUUUUAAUUUAUUUAUUUAUAUAACUUCUGGAAUAGAAAGUUUGUCUUUGGACUAAAGUACACUUCUAGUCUGUUUGUGCCAAGCGAGGACUGUAAGGCUUCUUCCCCUCUUUUUUUAUUUAUAUAUAUAUAUAUAUAUAUAUAUAUAUAUAUAUAUAUAUAUUUUUUUACACGUUUCACACGUGAUCCUGACCGAUUUCAGAAAAUCGCCUUUUUUUCUUUCUUUCUCGACCAAUCAGACGGCAGCCCUGCGGAUGUAUGAGGAAAAACACGCCGCUCGUUAGCGAGCGAGUUUUUACGUUUUAAGACGUCUUGGGCCGGUCCGUCAUAAAAGCUCGAAGCGAGCUGCUUCGGCGUAGUUUGAAUAAAUCGAAUCUUUAUUAAUAAUAGUAACAAGGAAUACCGGCUAGCGUUGUCAUGGUUACAAUGUGAGCUGGGUUUGUUUUUUGUUCCAAUAUCAGUACAUGGAGUGCGAAAGCAGCCUACGUUAUAGACGUCCUGCAAGAUGUAAAAACAAACAAAAACAAAAGAAAACACUUUUGACUUAAUAUCUCGCUAUUUUAGGAUAGCAUCGUUAUCUUAACUUAUUUUAACGCGCUUCGUAUGUAAGUGAAUUUCACUAAAACUAGCUUACUGUCUGCGAAACCGCUUUUAGCUCCUAUUGAAUAAUCGAUAGAUAGUCGAUAGCGUUAAAUAUAAAAUCGGAUUAUUGAGAUCGUUUAAAAUACGAUAUUAACUAGCGAUGGCUUGAAGUCGAAAUGAUGACGUUUUUGUACAAUAAAAAGUUAACGGUAUGAUACCGUGAAAUCUUUAGUUACUAAGUCGAAAGUUAAAACGAGCCCCCCACCUCCCCCUAAACGUUUUCCUGUCAGAUGUGUGAGAUGUGCAUGUUGUGCGUUUGUGCCGUGCAAAUUCCUGAGGUUUCGUGCAACUAAUCAGAAAAACAAAACGUGAACGUAUCGUAUUCCGUGGCCAUGUCCUCAUUCCGCACUCAAUAUUUUUGAUGCUUAUUACUGUGAAGCGUGUAACAGUUUUUAUUUAAUUUUAUUUGCGUCCCACCAGCGCAGCGUUUGGCCGAUACACCGCAUGCUAUGCGAGAGUUCUGGGUUGAUGCGAGAGGUUCCAGAUUUGACGAGAAAUCAGUGUCUGUGAAUCGCGCUGUACUUAAACGCAACUCGUUUGUAAGUAAUAAAAGAGAUGUUUUAACGUGGA